CCGCCCCAGCGCUAGAGGAGGGCGGGGCGGGGCCCCCCUGGUCAGUCUCAGCCUCCUGCACCCGCAGCGCAGCUGAAGGCGGCCGAGCGGAAGCCCUAGCCAUGGCUGCAAUCCGAAAGAAGCUGGUGAUUGUGGGGGAUGGGGCCUGUGGGAAGACCUGCCUCCUCAUCGUCUUCAGCAAGGACCAGUUCCUCGAGGUCUACGUCCCCACCGUCUUUGAGAACUACAUUGCAGACAUUGAGGUGGACGGCAAGCAGGUAGAGCUGGCCCUGUGGGACACGGCAGGGCAGGAAGACUAUGAUCGCCUGCGGCCUCUCUCCUACCCGGACACUGAUGUCAUCCUCAUGUGCUUCUCCAUCGACAGCCCCGACAGCCUGGAAAACAUUCCUGAGAAGUGGACCCCAGAGGUGAAGCAUUUCUGCCCCAACGUGCCCAUCAUCCUCGUGGGAAAUAAGAAAGACCUGAGGCACGACGAGCAUACCAGGCGAGAGCUGGCCAAGAUGAAGCAGGAGCCCGUCCGAUCUGAGGAAGGCCGGGACAUGGCGAACCGGAUCAAUGCCUUUGGGUACCUCGAGUGCUCAGCCAAGACCAAGGAGGGGGUGCGGGAGGUAUUUGAGAUGGCCACUCGGGCUGGCCUCCAGGUCCGCAAGAAUAAGCACCGGAGGGCCUGCCCCAUUCUUUAAGACCAAUGGUUCCCUUCCUUCUCCAUCUCUUUCCUUCACUGGGGUGCAGAGCCUCUGGCCCAUCCUCUUAGGACUCCAAGUUGAAGACUCCCUUUUUCAGUUCCCUCCAGCCCAGGACUGCAUUGAGUUUCCCUAGCACUCUGGGCACUUAGGACUAUCCCCGGCCCGCCCAGAGCCAUUCUCCCGCUGCCGUCUGGGUCCAGGGACAGGGCUCUUGACCCCUUUGGCCUUCCCCAGAGGAUGUCACACACCAGCACUUUAUGCACUUCUGACACACAGGAGCAUGUCUUGGGUAGGACACUUGGUGUAACCCAGAGUCCUACGCCCCUGGUAUUUCUGCUUUGGGCAGGGGCCUUGUCUCUGGCAAUACUUGGGGGGCAUGAAUAAAGGCCACAGGCUUCAA